CUUGCAGAGGAGAGAGCGAGUGGGGCUGGGUCUUCCCACUCUGGGUCCUUUCCUCCUUCCCCACUCCAUUUAGCUGUAAAGCUCAAUUAAGUGUGAUUAGCUGAGAAGAGUUUCUGCAGAAUUAGAGGACGCCCCACCCCUGUCUUCCUGGUCCCCUUCCCUCAACCCGGAAAUUGGAUGGGCCAAGACAAAGAGAGUUAAGAGCUUUGUCCGUGGUCUGUCUGGAGCGACAGAUAGAAGGAAAGGGACCGGUUGAGCAACAUGACAGGUGGCUGAGGAGCCAGGUGCAGAGUGGUAGAGUUGGCUGGCGGAGGGGCCAGCAGAUGAGAUGAUAGGCAGGUAGGUCGACGGAGAGAUAGCAGCGACGUGGACAGGCCGAACAGUGACAGCCACGUAGAGGAUCUGGCAGACGAAGAGACAAGACUUUGGAGGUGACCCGCCAUGGGACCCAGCAUCUUUUUGCUCCUGUGUGUUCUUGGUGAGUUCUCCUGGAGCAGGGAGAGGGCAGGACUGGGACUGGGUCCCUCCAUCCCCCAUGAGGAGGCCCCACCCCCUCCCCCUCCCCCUCCCCAUCUCAGCUCUGGCCCCCAGCCUGGUGGUGAGGAGGACAACGGCUUUCUCUCUGCCUCCAUUUAGCUGCGGCUCUCAGGGGCUCAGCCAGGCAGCCACACCAAAGAUUUUCAAUGGCACCGAGUGUAGACGUAACUCACAGCCGUGGCAGGUGGGGUUGUUUGAGGGCACCAGCCUGCGCUGCGGGGGCGUCCUUAUUGACAGCAGGUGGGUCCUCACAGCGGCUCACUGCAGCGGCAGACCCAUUCCCGGAUCUGCUCCAGUGCCUCAACCUCUCCAUCGUCUCCCAUGCCACCUGCCGUGAGGUGUAUCCCGGGAGAAUCACGAGCAACAUGGUGUGUGCAGGCGGCGUCCCGGGGCAGGAUGCCUGCCAGGGUGAUUCCGGGGGCCCCCUGGUGUGUGGGGGAGUCCUUCAAGGUCUGGUGUCCUGGGGGUCUGUGGGGCCUUGUGGACAAGAUGGUAUCCCUGGAGUCUACACCUAUGUUUGCAAGUAUGUGGACUGGAUCCGGAUGAUCAUGAGGAACAACUAACCUGUUUCCUCCACCUCCACCCCUUAGCUUGGGUACCACUCUGACCCUCAGAGCACCAAUACCUCCUCCAUCACUUUUCCUGGCUCCACUCUCGUUGGCCUGGGAACUUUUCGGAACUUUAACUCCUGCCAGCCCUUCUAAGACCCAUGAGCAGGAUGGAGAGAAGUGUGCAAUGGUCUGGAAUAAAUAUAAAUGAAGGAGGG